AUGAGUUACAAAUUAGUGAUAAAUAUUUUGGUGUUAUUACCAUUGGUGAAUAGUGCGAAAAUCUUGGGAAUUUUUCCAAUUCCCAGUCCUUCACAUUAUAUUUUGAUGGUACCAUAUUUGAAGGAAUUAGCCGCUAGAGGACAUGAAGUGACAUCGAUUAGUGGAUUUCCGCAAAAGGAAAAUAUAACGAAUUUUCGCGAUGUAGCCGUAAUGGAAGUUUUUGAUAACUAUGAUGAAAUGAUCGCAGACAUUCAACAGUAUCGUAGCAAAUGGGAUGAAAUGGGUCUGAUAUCCGAAUUCAUGGUCCAACUAACCGAGAAGGUAUUGAAAAAUCCCGGCGUUCAAAAUUUACUGAAAACUGAACAAUUCGAUUUAGUCGUUUUGGAAUCAGUUCAUAUGGAUGCUUUGUAUAGUUUUGCCCGGCAUUUCCAAGCACCCCUAAUUGGUUCGUCUUCAUUCGGUACAGAUCCCAUCAUUGAUGAGUUAAUGGGAAAUAUGUCACCCUUCUCGUACACCCCAUUGGUAACAAUUGGCUAUACGGAACGUAUGUCCUACCGGCAAAGGAUGCGUAAUGUUAUCUAUCAAGUAAUGGAACUCUUCCAUGUUCGUUGGGUCCAUUUACCACGCCAACGUCAAUUAAUGGCCAAAUAUAUGCCACACAUCAAAGAGGAUCUAUGGGAUUUGAGAACAAAUUUCUCACUGAUGCUGCUAAAUGAACAUUUCUCGUUGAAUUUCCCAAGGCCAUUUUUACCCAACAUGAUCGAGGUGGGAGGUUUGCAGUUAACACAUAAAACCAUACAACCUUUGCCGGAGGAUAUACAACAAUUCCUGAAUUCCUCAACAGAGGAUGUGAUUUAUUUCUCGCUGGGUUCAAAUGUCAAAUCUAAAGAUUUCUCCCCAGAACGUUUGGAAAUGAUUGUAAAUAUUUUCAAAAAGUUACCCUAUAAAAUUUUGUGGAAAUUUGAAAAUCCCCAUCUGCCCGGCAAGCCGGAUAAUGUUUUAAUUAAACCCUGGUUUCCACAAACCGAUGUUUUGGCCCAUCCUCGCGUCAAGCUGUUCAUAUCGCAUGGUGGCCUUCUCAGUACCACCGAAUCGAUAUAUCAUGGAAAACCUAUGUUGGGGCUGCCCGUAUUCUAUGAUCAAAUGAAGAACAUCAAUAAAGCCACCCAGGCUGGAUAUGCUUUGUCCUUGGAUUUCUUUACCUUUCCGGGUGACAAAUUUGAAGCUAGCAUUUGGGAAAUGAUGACCAAUGAUAAGUACUACAAGAAAGCCAAAGAAAUAUCUGGUAUAUAUCAUGAUCAGCCGAUGAAACCAUUGGACUUGGCCGUGUAUUGGACGGAAUAUGUCAUCCGUCAUAGAGGUGCAGCCCACUUACAAAAUCCAGCUCAGAAAAUGAAUUUCCUGCAAAAACACAGCAUAGAUACUGUGGGAGUGUUGAUCUUAGUGGCGGGUCUCAUUGCAAUUGCUGUGGUUUAUGAGGUCCAUGGUUAUUAUUUGCUAUGUCAUGUCCCAGCUAUAAUGCAAGUGGGCAUAACACACAAUUUAUUUCUACGUUUGUUGUGUGACUUUGCAAAAACGCCGCUACUGCACAUAUAA